CAUACAUUUCUACAGAGAUGCAAAUAUAAAGUAUAUACGAAUACGAAGCGUUUUGUGUAGUUAAAGAAGCGUUUUCUUUUGAUUACUGUUAUUUUCAGGUUCUACAACGGUUACUACGUCCACUCUUGUGGCUGCCACAACAACGACAACAGUUGUUGCUGAAGUGUCUACUACGACUGUUCCACAAGCAGGACAAGUGUCAUCGUCAACUAUUAAUCAGUGCUUACCAUUAGCAGCACUAUGUUCUACAGGUGGACAAUGUUGUAGUGGAAAAUGCGAACAAGCAUGUAAUCAAGACGAAGAACAAAACGCAUUGUGUAUAACAAUUCUUUUAGUUGCUGAAGUGUCUACUACAACUGUUCCACAAACAGGUUCUACAACGGUUACUACGUCCACUCUUGUGGCUGCCACAACAACGACAACAGUUGUUGCUGAAGUAUCUACUACAACUGUUCCACAAACAAGACAAGUGUCAUCGUCACCUAUUAACCAGUGCUUACCAUUAGCAGCACUAUGUUCUACAGGUGGACAAUGUUGUAGUGGAAAAUGCGAACAAGCAUGUAAUAAGCACCAAAAGCACGAUUGUCCAAAAACUUGUCAAACUA